CGCACCUGUUGUAGCCCCACAGGCAACCAGCUGGCAUAGCAAGAGACCGAAAAUCCGUUGGGGUAAAGUUGUUGAGGGUAGAUUUAUACCGGCUUGCUUCAGUAGUAAUGGAACCUCAGAAAUAGAUGAUCGCCCAUUGAAGUGUUAAGUCUUGCGGCAGUUCUCGGCGUUUGCUUUUGAUAUUUUUAAACAUAAUAAAAAAAAGACGUUGGGAGAUGAUUUAAUUGAAAAGAUAUGGAUAAUAUCACCACAACAAUGUUUAUUUGCCGGACAUGUCUUAACACUGCAAAUACGUUGGAGGAAGAAGACUUCUUGGAAUUGGAUAACAUGUUGCUUGAUAUUUUUAACUACUGCACCCAUCUAGAUGUUCAAGCUUUCGAUGGAUUGCCUCAACAUAUUUGUGGCUCUUGCGUUAAAGAUUUACAUGUAUCCUAUGUUUUUACCCAAAAAGCAAUCGAAAGUAACAGAAAAUUGCAACUAAUUAAAAAAAGUGAUGAUGGUGAAUUUUAUCUUAAAGAUCCUUUGGAGAAUAUUUCUGAUUCAGAUGAGGAAAGUAAGAAAGGUUAUGAAGAUAAUGGUCUUGAUAAUGAUGAAUUAGUAGAUAAUGCAACUGGUACCACUAUUGAACAUUCCUGUGAGGAUAUAACAAUUUAUAACGAUGAUAACAAAUUUGAUUAUUUCUCGCUUUUGGGUCCCCUUGUAUCACUUUCCCCUGAAAGUAGCAAAGACGAAACUGAUUUUCUUGUGUCUGUUGAAUCACAAAUUUUUCCACAAGGUAGUUACAAAUGUACUCUUUGCGAUAAACAUUAUUUUACCAAUGCUGGACUACAGGCCCACAUGGAAUUCCAUGGGGCAAAGAGUAAGCAUAUAUCUAAAGUAACAGUGACUUGUUCAAGGAAAACUCGACUCAAAAAAUCUAUUAAAAAUAGUGAAGAAGGUCAGGACGAUGAUGUCCUCACUAAGAGCAAGAUAAGGCCAAAGAAGCUUAAGAAAACUUUUCCAUGUAGCGUUUGCGGUAAGCAAAUGAUAUCGGCUUCAAAACUAAGAUACCAUAUGGUCAUGCAUACUGGCGAAAAAGAUUAUCUAUGUCAAAUGUGUCCAAAGGCAUACUCAACUAUAUAUGCUCUAAAGCAUCAUAUGCGAGCCCAUACCGGAGAACGGCCUUACGAGUGUAAAUUUUGUGGAGAUCGCUUUCUUAGACCCACCACUUUAAAAAGCCAUAUGCGCCGCCACACUGGAGAGCGGCCCUAUGGCUGUGAGAUAUGUGGAAAACGUUUCAUCCAGCAUUCAUCAAUGGCUACGCAUAUGAAAUUAAAUCACAUGGACAAAACUAUAUCGUGUCCAUAUUGUGAGAAAAAAUACGCACGCCAAACAGAUUUAAAUGUCCAUCUUUUGUCCCAUAGCGGAGACAAGCCAUUUGCAUGUAAACUAUGCUCCAGUCGUUUCACACGUCAAUCUAAUUUGAAGAAACACAUGAAUCAACAGCAUCAUCAUCAGAGUGGUGAAGUGGAGAAGGCCAAGAGAUCUACUUUUCAUUCAUCUGCAAGUGAUAAGAUAUCUCUUAUUGUUGCCGGUUCAAUCACAACUGAAAUAGGUUCCUCCACUCGUUGAUAUGGUUCUAUAUGGAUUCCGGUCAGAAAUAAGUAGCCUAUAAGUUUGUUAAUCAGUACAUAGAUCGCAGAACACACGAUUUCACUACGUAGAGGAUUAAUGUAAAUAGUUAUAAAAUAUUGUUUAAAUGUAUAACAAUAUAAAACAAAAAUAUAAAAAUUCACAUUUUUACGUACA